CUUUUACCUCUUCAGGUCGAAGAGUGCGUUGAUCGUCUGCCGUCCAGUAUAUCGAUAGUGGUGUAUGUCCAAUUUUAGUUCACUGACGACGACACUCUCAUAGUGUGAAAACAUACAUCAUGUCAGACACUGAUGGAGAUAUAGACGGAGCUACGAUACUCUGUCGAUCACUAAAAGACCAGGGUGUUAAGUACAUGUUUGGUAUUGUUGGAUUUCCUGUUAUAGAAGUAGGGAUUGCAGCACAAGCCGUGGGAUUGGAAUAUGUCGCUAUGCGAAAUGAACAAGCAGCUUCCUAUGCAGCCUCAGCUAUUGGAUAUCUGACUGGAAGGCCUGGUGCUUGUUUAGUUGUAUCUGGUCCUGGAUUAGUUCACGCUUUGAGUGGGAUGGCUAAUGCAAUGUCGAAUGGAUGGCCAAUGAUAGUGAUUGGUGGAUCCAGUGAUGAAGACCAAGAGGGCAUGGGAGCAUUUCAAGAAUUCCCACAGGCUGUUAGAAGUAGUAUAUAUGGAAGGCCUGGUGCUGUAUACAUAGACAUGGCAGGCAAUAUGGUGAAUAAAAAAGUAGCUGAGAACGAUGUCAGUUUUGUACAAAAAUGUGCUGCUGCGCCACGCAUGCUGGCUGAUCCCGAUACAGUGAAAGAAGCUGUCAGUCUUUUGAUGACGUCAUCCAGACCACUUGUAGUCAUCGGGAAAGGUGCUGCCAUUGCGGGUGCCGAAAAGAAUGUCCGCACUUUCAUAGAGACGCAUAAAUUACCAUUUCUACCAACACCAAUGGGUAAAGGUGUGAUUCCUGAUGAUCAUCCACUGUGUGUAGCACCAGCAAGAUCCAGAGCAUUGCUAAAAGCAGAUGUCGUAGUUUUACUCGGUGCCAGAUUGAAUUGGAUUCUUCAUUUUGGAAUUCCACCAAGAUUUGAUCCAAAUACAAAGUUUAUACAGGUUGACAUUUGUCCUGAAGAAUUACAUAACAAUGUAGGAAACAGGGCUAUUGGACUUGCUGGUCAUUUAGACUGUGUUGUUCAGCAGACGCUUGCGUCUGAUUUAUCAGUUCCCAUGAACUACUAUGCAGUGUUUUCCAAGAUAAGAAAUGUGUUACCAAAAGAUUGCAUUAUUGUGAGUGAAGGAGCCAAUACAAUGGAUAUUGGAAGAACCAUGCUACCAAACUAUCUUCCAAGACACAGAUUAGAUGCAGGUUCAUUUGGUACAAUGGGUGUUGGAUUAGGAUUCGCUAUAGCUGCGGCUAUUUGGUUGAAAGACAUUGGAUCUACAAAGAAGGUAGUAUGUAUAGAAGGUGACAGUGCUUUUGGAUUCUCUGGAAUGGAAAUGGAGACCGUUUGCAGGUACAAUUUACCGAUAAUUUUCAUUGUUGUAAAUAACAAUGGUAUCUCGUUUGGUGUUGAUGAUGAUUUCUAUAAACAAGUUAAAGAUAUGAAGACAGAAACGUCAAUGCUUCCUCCCACCAGUCUGCUGCCAAGUGCUCGGUAUGAGAAAGUGAUUGAAGCAUUUGGAGGGAAAGGAUACUAUGUUGUAACCCCUGAUGCUUUGGAGAAUGCUUUGGAUUCUUGUCUUAAUAAACAUCCAAAUAGACCAUCGUUGAUUAAUGUUAAGAUCAAUCCAACCUCGAUGCGAAAACAACAGGACUUUUUCUGGUUGACAAGGUCUGAAAACAAGCUGUAA